AACGCGUUCCGUGCUUGCGUCCGCUGGUUUCAUGAAUGUCACAAAAUAAAAUCGUGAAUACUAAACAUUUUAAUGUCUGAAAUAAACUGUGUUUAUAGUUGUUAAAAAUAUUUGUUGUGUGAACUCUCAGAUGGAAUCUCAUUUUUAUAGCACAGGCAUCGUGAAGUCUAUAAACAGGUUAAGCAAGACAUCAUCGCACAGAACGGUCCACCGGAUGGAACAUAGUUAAACAUAAGUCUAACUAGUUUAAGAUCAAAAUGUCGCGACAUUUAGUAACUGUAUGUAUGUUCUGCCUGCUCUGUGCGGCUCAUACAUGUGGCUCACACAUAGACAUACAAAAUAAUGGGAUCCUAACCUACGAUCCAAGCAUAGACGCGGAACACACUAUAGUCGAUUUAGAAGAAAAAAGAAGAAUAGAUUCAAAAGCUAGAUAUCAUCAGAAACUCCAAAAGAUUCGACAUCGAGACAGAUCAAAAAGAGAAUUGAAGAAUUCAAACCCUAAUACGUAUUACGUAGAGCAGAUUUUCAGACUGUACGGUGAUGCUCAGAGCAUGACCAUGAAUUUGACAGGGUUCAACAGGAUGUUGGAUAAGUUAGACUUACAUAAGCUGAUAGAAGGAGGAUCUGAAACCACAGACAAUAUAGGUUAUAUCGGUCAAGUUGGUGCUAAACAGGAUGUUAUUAAUUGUGUCAGCAGUGCUGAGCUCAUCACAACAGUGAACACAAGGUUAAAACCCCACGAUCAUGAUCAUGAACACGCACACGAUGAUCACAACACAGACCAAGUCUUAUCAAAAGACACUCUACAAACCAUAUGCCCUAUACUUUUAUACCAAAAACUCGCGAACACGUCUAUAGAACAAUUAGGGUGUGUUAAAGAAAAGAAUCUACCCAGCAGAAGGGUAGAUGGUAGAGAAUUAAAGCAUGCAGACGAAGCAGACGGCAAGAAUAUGUACGCUGUUUGGUUAUAUUCUUCAUUAAGUAUAGCAGCCAUUAGUGCUUGUGGUCUACUGGGAGUAGCCGUGAUACCUAUCAUGCAUAAGACCUACUACAACCACCUAUUACAAUUCCUAGUUGCAUUAGCAGUCGGUACGUUAUGUGGUGAUGCAUUAUUGCAUCUAAUGCCUCAUGCAAUGAGUCCAAUUGAGCAUGACGAUUCUGCAUUAGCAGUUCAUUCACAUGAUGAUGGCAUGUGGAAAGGCUUAGCAGCUAUGUUGGGUGUGGUAUUCUUCUAUUUCAUGGAAAAAGGCCUAACAGUUGUAGUAGAGUGGAGGAAACGAAGACAGAAGUUGGAAGACGACAAAUUGCCGUCAAGAGUGCGAGUAUUGAAGGAUGAUACGACAGGUGGGUGUUCAGGCGGCUCUAAAGCACCAAUAACGAAUUCAACCUCGAACUCUCUAAUGAAGAUCUUCAAACGAGAUGACAAGGGAGACCCCACAACGAUGACGUGCAAACACAAAUAUUCCGGAUAUCCGUAUUGUUAUGAUGAAAUCGACACGGAUACGCAUGACGAUCAUCAUUUAAGAGAUGGCCAGAUACCGCCAAGUCCUAAAGCGAAGAAUCAUAAUAAUUCUGUGAGUGUUGUCUCGUCGAAUGCUCUCAAUUCAGAGGCGAAAGAAAGUGAACCAACAGCUAAAGAUUGGUUGUUGAAAGCUGAACCAACUCCAGCGGUUGUUGAGAUGAAUAAUAUCAAGCAUAAGGAAGAAGGCGCUAAAGAUUUGAAGGAUGGCGAUAGUUACACUGUUAUAUUGAGGGAACACUCUCGAGCGCACCACGGUCAUUCGCACGCGCACGGUCACGUGCACGCUCCCCCAUCUUCCAUGUCGUCCGUAGCGUGGAUGGUCAUCAUGGGCGAUGGACUUCACAACUUCACCGACGGAAUGGCCAUAGGCGCAGCAUUCGCAUCAAAUUUAGCCGGGGGCUUCUCUACGGCUAUUGCAGUACUCUGCCACGAGUUACCACAUGAAUUGGGAGAUUUCGCGGUGCUACUGAAGGCUGGCAUGUCUGUGAAGCGCGCGGUGUGUUAUAACGUGCUGUCGUCGGCGCUGUGCCUGGCCGGCAUGGUGUGCGGCGUGCUGGCCGGGGACACGCCCGCAGCCACGCGCUGGCUGUUCGCGGUGGCGGCCGGGACCUUCCUCUACAUCGCACUCGUCGACAUGAUGCCAGAGUUAAGCACGUCCCACAGCAAUGAAGGUACUCUCUGCCAGUGCAUCCUGCAGCUCAUGGGACUGGCCAGCGGCAUCGGCAUAAUGCUGGUCAUAGCGAUGUACGAGCAUGACUUGAAGAACUUGUUCGGUUAGUGUACUUCACAAGUGAACAGUGCUCAGAAAUGAUUAAGUAAUUACAUCAUCAACAGUGAACAGUGCUAGGCCUGUGAUCAGAAGUGAUUAAAGUUAAGUGUUACACGAUCCGCAGUGUAUGAAGAUGUUUGCGUGGGUACCUCUGUCUCAGCUAUUUGAGCCGCCAAGCAGCUUGUUUUUCAA